AUGGACAACGAUGUCUCAGGAGCUGUGAGCCUGAUCUCCUUCCUCGUGCGGUGCGAUCAGGCGCCCUUCGAGUUGCAAUCCGCCGCGGGGCAAUGCUUGGUGCAGCUGACCAGCGCCGACUCGGUCUUUCUGUCGAAGAGCCCGGAGGGAAGCGAGGACUGGCAGAAUGAGCAGAUCACCAAGCUCACGGGCAUGUUGAACCGUCACGUGAAUGGCUUGAUCAAGGGCCUCAUCCAGUUUGACAUUGUCGAAGCGUUUGGGCGCUGCAUUUGUCAACACCAGAUGAGCCAUGCUCGAACGGACAUCAUCGUCAAGUACUUCCUCACGACUAUCCACAACUGCCUGUUGUACUGCUCGGAGAAUCAGAAAAAGUUGCGGCAACACUUGGCGACCCAGAGCACGAUUGUGCAGGACAUCAUGAUCCCGUACGUCUACAACAUCCUGCCUGCCCUGUACGACAAUCCAGCAUGUGGACCAGCCCUCAUCGAGUGGCAGAAUCUCAAGGCGACCUUACAGACUUUCGUCGUGGUCACCUUCAACAUCAACGUCUAUAGACCGCAACUGCGGGACUCAGACAUGAUCCCCAAGUUGUGCGAGGUGCCUGGUAUUCUGACCCAUGUGUCCAUGUUGGAGCUGCUUAUCAAGCUGUCCAUCAACGUGGACUACUCUAAGGGACCGUUCUGCGAUAUGCUGACGCAGCUCUUCCAGGGGGCCUUUAAGCAGUUGUCGCAAGAAAACCAGGUCCGGCUGCAACGGCGCCUCACUUGCGAGCAGAGUAUGCGGCUACCGUUCACCCGAUCCUCCCUGAAGGCGUGUGAGCUGCUGGCCUUUGCUUUGGCCGCCCCUGAUCAGGCGUCCACUGAGGCGGCUCCGCCGAAAUCGCGUCGAAAAGGCAAGUGGCGCCACGCGAAACAGGCAAGGAGAAGAAAGAAGCUCUUUGCCAUGCAGGCUUCUCAUCAAGACGAUGAGCCCGAGGCAGAUGAUGAGCAUGGCGAUGACGAGGAGUCAGAUGAUGAAGAUAUGCCUCCGCUCAUUCCUGCGGAUGGCUGGGAAAGCCAUUUGGGCGCUGCUGAUGAGGCAGGCGUGCCACAAAAGGCGGUAUGUCAACUGAGUGGCGCGUUGAUGCACGACCCCGUCAGCACGCCUGAUGGAUACCUCUUCGAAAGGGCUGCCAUUGAGGACUGGAUGAGCCAACACGGCUCCAAUCCAUUGACCGGCGCGCCCUUGGCCAUGGAUGAUGUCAUGGACAGACAGGACAUCGCAAACUACAUCCAGGGCUUCCAGAUGCAGAUGCUGUCGGUGUCGCAGGUGGCGCCUGAGGCGGUCGACGGCCCAAAGGAGGAGCUCUCUGAGAACAUUGGAUGUCUGGCAGGCGUGGGAACAUUUGCGCGCUUUCAAACACGUGUGGAGAAGAUUCGAAGCGUCAUUGGCGAAACACAUGGCAUCAAGCAAAGUAGGGAAGAAUCGAACAGAGACGUUGUGGAAGAUGGCAUCAGCGGGGUGUUACGCAUGGAAGAUCAGGGAUCACAAGGUGGUCCUCAGAAGCGAAUGGUGGGGAAGCAGCCGCAGCCUGAGGUGGCGGAGAGACACCAUGUGGAGCAGCCGCAGUGUGAGAUGGUGGAGAGACAACAUCUCCCCGGUAACGAGAUUGCCGAAAGCUCAGAGGAUGAGGUGAAGGCAGUGAAGAGGGGGCCCUAUCGGUGGAGUUCCUGGUCACCAUCGAAAGUUCGAUUCUACUUCACGCGCAAUUCCGGAGGCACCCGAGAGCCCUGUCAGGCAUGCCUCGGAUGCGGUGUGAGCAGAUUGCUCCCGGGUCGUUGGUAUAUGUCUCAGAAGUCUGGUAGGCCUGCUGGAAGCUAUUGUAAGGCUUGUAAGAUCAAGCGACAGAUGGAGAAACAACGCCCAGUCGAUGUGGAUUAG